UAUCUGUUGACCGUGGCAUAUUUUGUCAUUGAGUUAGCAUCUCAACGUUAUCGUGCACUUAGGGGCUGGAAUAACAACAGUAAUUUAGAAUGUUUUUUUUUUCCCCAUCCAGGUAUCAGGCUGCUUCGGGCACAUCAGCCAAACAUUCCUUGCUCAGAUAGAGGGGUGCAAUGGGCAGCUCCCCAAGUGUUCUGAACUCGAGCGCCAAUAAAGCCGUGGUUGUUGAGUCCGUUGCUCAGUCACGUACCGCCGUCAAAAGGGGGACACGGGCGAGUUCCACCCUCGAGGUAGUGGGUGCUCAGCCGUACGACAUAAACAUCUCUGGACAGAAAGAUCGAGAAGAUAAUGACGAGAGAUCGCAGGACAACAGGCUUUAUAUUGACUUUGAGGAUAUGAAAGCCGAUGAAGUAUCAUUGAUAUUUGAUACCUUUGUACAUGACAAUGGCAUGUGUUACUCCUGCAUCAUGCAAGAUGGAGUGCGGUUGUACUUUGAUGAAAACAGGCCACACAUGGGUAUGAUUCCAUUUCCCGAAGAGUGGGAAAAUCAGGGGACAUUUUUUAAUGACGCAUCUCAAAAUAAAGGCCCGUCUGCCGGCAGGGGCAGUGGGCACGAGGACCUUCACAAAGCGCGUGCCCACAAUGUCAGCGCCAACAUGAUGGAGGACGACCGCAUCGGAAUGUUCCAUCACCCGACCAAAGGCGAGCUGACAACGUAUUUGUUCGAGGAGAGGAGAACGAUUUGCAAGUUCUUUGAUGAAGAAAGCGGAGCCUGGCUGCAUGUCCCAGCACAGUGGGAGUGCCGUUUGGAUUUUGUUCGGAGCAAAUUGGCCUUCGUCCAAGCAGCCAUCCCAGGCUGGAAGGACCAAUCAGGCAUUGUGGCGAUGCUCAGACAGUGCAACUACGAUGCUGAUGAAGUUGUUUCGAACUACACCGCUCUCUACGGUGAUGACGUAAAAAAAGCAUCUCCAGCAAAUGUUACGGCCGAGCUGAAGACGCAAGGGGCCUUGGAUGACACACGCAAGCAGCUGCGGGAAACGCAGGAGCGACUGGAAGGAUCCCUAAGGCAGGUCGCCGAACUUCGGCAAGAGAAACAAUGCAUGGAGGUCAAAGUUCACGGUCUGCAGAGUCAAGUGGCAUCGGCGGAGGUCCAUUGCCAGCAGGUGGAGAGCCGGCUGCAGGCCUUCCUGUCCAACAGGCCCAAAACGCCGGCAGUGACGUCCGUUAGAAAGGCAACCAUCCCGUCAAGACUGCUCGUCAACAGCCACGGGACGACACUGAGGCGGACGCAGGGAGAGGCCCGUGGGCUGUCGCUGCUCGGAGCGCAGCUCUCCGACGGUGCCCGUCGCGACUUGGGGGAGCUGGGUCGACUGAUCCAGAGCCUGGCCUCUGCGGUGCGUCGCAUGGCCGGGCUAGCGGCGGCGAGCGCCGGCUCGCUGGACGAGGCGCGAUCGCUGUACCGGCGCGAGGCCUUGCAGCGGAGGCUGCUGCACGACCAGCUCACGGAACUGCGUGGGAACAUCCGCGUGUUUUGCCGCGGCAGGCCCGGCGCGCCCGACGGCGGCGUGCCCGGCCUGGAGUUUUCUCCGUCGGCAGGCGAGGUUCUGGUUAUGCAGAGCGAGGGCAAAACGACGUCGUUCGCCUUCGAUCAGGUCUUCCCUCCCAACGCCACGCAGGAGCAAGUCUUUGCAGACACACUGCCACUCAUCACCUCCUGCGUGGACGGCUACAAUGUGUGCAUCCUCGCCUAUGGCCAGACCGGCUCCGGCAAGACCCACACGAUGAUGGGCACCUCCAACGCUCCAGGCGUGAACGUCCGGUCUGUAAAAGAGCUUCUUAACAUCUGCAAAGAAAGGCACAAUGUCAAGUAUACUUUGAAGAUCUCCAUGCUGGAGAUUUACAAUGAGACUGUGAGGGACCUCCUCGGCAAGCCGGGCUCAGGCCCCCUCGAAGUGCGUGGCCAGGCCAGGAGCGUUACCGUGCCGGGCCUGACCACAACGAUCGUGACCUCGGAGGAAGACAUUGUGCGCGUGAUGGAGACCGCCCAUAAGCACCGCACCGUGGCCUCCACCAAGAUGAACAUCCACAGCUCCCGCUCGCAUUUGCUGACGACACUCAGCUUGGAGGGGCUCGAUGUGGUCUCCGGCUCUGCUUCCCACGGCUCAUUGAUUCUGGGUGACCUGGCCGGCUCAGAGAGGAUCUCUCGAACGGAGGCAACCGGCCAGAGACUCGUGGAGGCUGCAGCCAUUAACAAGUCCCUGACGUCACUGGGGCAGGUGUUCCUAGCCCUACGCAAUGGCUCCUUGCACGUGCCCUACCGGAACUCCAAGCUCACCCACCUCCUGCAGCCAGCCCUGGGUGGGAACGCAAAGGCGUGUGUGUUUGUCACCGUGAGCGCGGACGACGCAAACCGCGGAGAAACGCUGAGUACCUUGCAGUUCGGUUCCUCCAUCCGUCAGGUGGCACUGGGCGCCGCUGCGCAACGAGUUACUCCGGCCAGAACCAAGCCCUGAGCUGGGCGCGCCCGUGGAUCGCCGCCGCUGCCUUCCCAGUGUCUAGGCGUUGUCUGCAGGUAUCGUCGUUCAGCCGCGGUCAAUCCACCGCUUGGGUGAAAGCGUGGUGAAACCGCAGCCGCCUCUCAUGACCCUGCGUUGUAUUAAUCGACUCGGCACCACCUGCGCGCCAACAAAGGAGCUUCUUCACAGCUCGUCGGACUCCUGAUUCUAAGCUGAUUAAGGGAAUCACGAUGUAUACAAUAGGCUGAUACGAACCAACGUGUGAAAUGUGCUUAUGAAGAAUUGUAUAUUGGAAUUUGCUUGCAAGCAAUAUCCAGUAUAGUACUCGAUCAAGAUUGAGCCACAUUUGUAGUUUAUUAGUGGGACAUCCCAACACACGUAGCUCUGUGUGUGCAGCCGGUGCCGCUAUUGUGUUUGAAACCUUUCCAGAUCUCUUGAAGAAUGCCCACAGCAGCUGUCUACCCAGCAGUAUGAAGGAGUAACCCCACCGUCGAUUGGCAGGUCGGGUGCGGUGGGAUAAAUUGUGGGUACUCACACCACUUCCAAGACAUCUGGUCAGCAUGGAAGCGUUGGCCAAGUUACCCUCGAGGGGAGGCCCUUCUGCCAUCAGUGGCAUACGCAAGGCAUUUCAGGGCUGCAUCUUUGUGCUCUUCAUAAUAUGCCGUACGUUUCAGUGUGCCAAACAUAGUUAUUACUAUUUCAUAUUCUUACACAGUUAUUACUCUUUGGUUCUUUCGGUAAAGUCACGUAGAAAGGAAAUAAAUUAGAUAAUAGUUAUUUUCUUUAAUAAUUCUCAAUACUAAUUUAUUUUCUUUCCACUUGACUUUACCGAAAGAACCAACGAGUAAUUCCUGCAGUCAGGAAAGCUUCAAAUCUAAUUUGACACACAGUUAUGUUUUGAUAAAUCCGUUGUGAUUCAAGCCGCUUUUUCACACGUGCUGUUGCACUUCAGGGACUAUGGAAAAAAAUCAAAAUAAUGAUUUAAAAAAAAAAUGUGUUUAUUACGAAAAUGCGGCGUGAUUAACGGCUUUGUCUCGUAAACAAAAAAGUAGGAAUGAGCGUGAACACGUGAGUCACCCUUCACGAGGCAGCAGCAGGCUAGGGCACCUAACGAGGGCUCGAUUUAUCCCCUCGAUUGCCUGUAGCUUUCGAAAACUUGUGCACAGACGACUCUGUCGCAUUGCCCGCUCUAUUCGUAGCCGCUCUCUCUAAGUUUCGCGAGCGAGAUCACCAGCGGUGAGUGGGUCGGGACUGGGGUACGUUCUGUUCGGACGUGACCAGACGCACACCCAGCAAGGGUGCGACCCCCUCCUGAAUAACCGACAUGCUCGUGCAUACGCUUCCAACUCUCGAGCACAAGACCGUCUAUCGGGGCGUGAUUCAAGCACGCCCCGCACGGCCCCUCACCUUCGCGGAAUCGUUCGGUCAUUCCUACGCGGUGAGGCAUUCAAGGCAACGGUGGCUUUUGAAAGAAGCGACAAGGACCGUAUAAUCCGGCGUGGAACAAUUCAACCCAAUUGUUCCAAUUCAUAAAGAAAUGGCCCCAUUUUGUAGUUGACAGUGGCGUUGUCUUUGUACCGUUCGCCUUUUGGCAUUCUCUGGUCUGACACUGGUAGUGAGACUAGGCCUGAAAGAAAGCUGUCUCUGGUGUAGACCAGCCAGUUUCAAAGACCGCGUAUUAUAAUCAGGGCAUGUUUUGUGUGCAUGUUCACUACAAGUGUGUGCGGCUAACGCAGACAUGAUUCCUUGCAAAAAGGUUUCUAUUUGGUGUUUAAACAUCUUAACACAACUGUUUAAUUGCCAG